AUGGCUGCUCAAGAAGAGUUCAUCAGAACUCAGAUCUUCGGAACCGUCUUCGAGAUCACAAACAGGUACACAGAGCUCAACCCAGUCGGUAUGGGCGCCUUUGGCCUGGUUUGCUCGGCCACCGAUACCUACACCAACCAGCCCGUCGCCAUCAAAAAAAUCAUGAAGCCGUUCUCCACUGCGGUUCUCGCCAAACGCACGUACCGUGAGCUCAAGCUUCUCAAGCAUCUCAGACACGAAAACCUCAUUUGCCUCGAGGACAUCUUCCUGUCGCCGUUGGAGGACAUUUACUUUGUCACCGAGCUUCAGGGCACGGAUCUUCACCGUCUGCUGCAAACGCGGCCCCUGGAGAAACAGUUUGUCCAGUACUUCUUGUACCAGAUCCUGCGCGGCCUCAAGUACGUGCAUUCCGCAGGCGUAAUCCACCGCGAUCUCAAACCUAGCAACAUUCUCAUCAACGAAAACUGCGACCUCAAGAUUUGCGAUUUCGGCCUGGCGCGUAUCCAGGACCCUCAGAUGACCGGCUACGUCUCCACGCGUUACUACCGUGCCCCCGAGAUCAUGUUAACCUGGCAGAAAUACAACGUCGAGGUUGACAUAUGGUCUGCAGGCUGCAUCUUCGCCGAGAUGAUAGAGGGCAAGCCUCUUUUCCCGGGCAAAGACCACGUCCACCAGUUCUCCAUCAUCACAGACUUGCUUGGGUCCCCACCAGAAGACGUUAUCAACACCAUUUGCUCCGAAAACACCCUCAAGUUCGUCACUUCCCUGCCCCAUCGCGACCCCGUGCCCUUCUCUGAGCGUUUCAAAAACGUCGAGCCAGAGACCGUCGAUCUUUUAGAAAAAAUGCUCGUGUUCGACCCCAAGAAGAGAAUCACCGCGGCAGACGCCCUAUCCCAUCCAUAUCUGGCACCUUAUCACGACCCCACCGACGAGCCCGUAGCCGACGCCAAGUUCGACUGGCAUUUCAACGACGCUGAUCUGCCGGUAGACACCUGGCGCGUCAUGAUGUACUCCGAAAUCCUUGACUUCCACCAAAUAGGCAAUUCCCAGAUAGAUCCCAACGCAACUUUUGACGACCAGGUCGCAGCUGCCACUGCAGCUGCCCAAGCCGCACAGGCUGCUCAACAGCAAUCCUCCGAACAUGGCGCUGACGCACCUCAACAAAACGAUACCCUCAACACUUACGCAAACCAGGCUGCACAAUACGCUACCGAAUUUCAAUGA